UGCGCGAGUAGAAAAAGAGAGGAGGCAGAGAGAGAGAAGAGAGAUAGGGAGAGGGUGGCUGCAUCAUCACCACCACCUCGGAAGUCCUUGGCGAGCGUGCGUGCGAGCUGUGGGAGGGUACGGUUUUUUCAACUCCCCCUCACCUCUCUCCCCUCUCCCUUCGUCUCCCCUCCCCUCUCCCACCACCGCCACCUACCCCGCGCCGCGGCGGCGUCAGCGACGGUUGUGAUGAAAAGCUGCAUCUGUUAAGGGACACAAGUUCUGCUACCGAGUUCGACAUGGGUUCAGGAAACCUGAUGGUGAAGAAGGUGGUGAGGCCCAGCUCUUUUGACCUUGACAUACAUCUUGACAAAAGCUGGAAGGAGGAUGUGACCUGCCCAAUCUGCCUAGAUUACCCCCACAACGCAGUCCUCCUGAGGUGCACGUCUUACGAGAAGGGUUGCAGGCCGUUUGUGUGCGACACCGACCAGACCCGCUCAAACUGUCUUGAGAGGUUCAAAGGUGCUUAUGAGCUACCUGCCAAUGUCAAGGUCUCGUCUAUAGCUGUGGCCCCUCUUGAUAGCAUCCACAUCGUGUCAUCUCACGCAAACAACCGCCCAAGUUGCCCAUUGUGCAGAGGUGAUGUUAUCGGGUGGAUUGUGAUCAGCGAGGCUCGUCUGCAUCUUAACCAGAAGAAGAGAUGCUGUGAAGAGGAUUGCUGCUCCUUUACUGGCAACUUCAAUGAGCUUCAGAAGCACACACAGCAAAAGCAUCCAGAUUCACGCCCUUCAGAAAUCGACCCUGCCAGGCAAGUUGAUUGGGACAACUUCCAGCAAUCUUCUGAUAUCGUGGAUGUCUUGAGCACGAUACAUGCACAAGUUCCUAAUGGUAUCGUUCUCGGAGACUAUGUCAUUGAGUAUGGGGAUGAUGAUACUGGAGACGACUAUGAAGUGCUCCACAGGGUUAGGAGGAAGUGGUGGUCUUUUAUUUGUUGCAAGGCAUUUUGUAGAUAUCCAAGAAGCCGAAGAAGAGGGAGAGGAAGGGACAGUAGAGGAAGUGGAAGGAGGAACAGCAAUCAGGCUCAUCUGGAGAACUUCAAUCUCGAGGUUCCGACACAAGCUGUUGACCUGAGGGAACUCAGAUUUGAUGAAAUCGAUGAUGAGUACAUUGUCACAGGGGCCGUACCUAGUAUGGCAACACCAGGAAGAAUGGCCAGUUUCCAUUACAGGGAUACAAGAUAUGGUCGGUGAUCGGGCGUACUACUUAACAGAACCAGCUGAUAAAGAAAAAGUAUUUGCAGCCGCGAUGUGAUGCCGCAGCCUUCAGGAAACUCCACCCCCUCCCCAUUUUUCGUUUCUUUUCCCGCCCGGGUCGUUGCUAGGCGCCGCUCCAGCCCGGACUUCCUGUGCAUAAAAAGUAGCAACAGAAACCCUUCGCCGCCGUCCUCGUUCGUUUGCAAUAGAUUUUCAUUUACCGUAGCUUCCAUUCUGUAUAUAUUUAGCACCCAUCUUAUACAGUGAUGCCGGUGAAAAGCCUUUUUUUUCUCUUUUUUGGAAAUGAAAUGAAUGUCGGGUGAUGCUGCAGCCGCGGCUCACCGGCCCAGCCGUGGUUACAGUUUCUGAA